AUGUCGACUGAUAAGAUCACCUUCUUAACCAACUGGCAUGCCACACCAUACCAUGCCCCGCUCUACCUUGCGCAAGCCAAGGGCUUUUUCAAGGACGAAGACAUCAAAGUCGCGCUCCUCGAGCCAAAUGACCCUAGCGAUGUCACUGAGAUCAUCGGCUCUGGAAAGGUCGAUUUGGGCUUCAAAGCCAUGAUUCACACCCUUGCUGCCAAAGCUAGAAACUUCCCAGUCGUUUCCAUUGGCAGUCUCCUGGAUGAACCGUUUACAGGGGUCGUAUACCUGAAAGAUUCGGGCAUCACCACCGACUUCCGAUCUCUCAGGGGCAAGCGCAUUGGGUACGUCGGUGAGUUUGGUAAAAUUCAGAUCGACGAGUUGACCUCUCACUACGGCAUGUCCCCGGAUGAAUACACCGCUGUCCGAUGCGGGAUGAAUGUCUCCAAGGCUAUCAUCAAGGGGGAAAUCGAUGCCGGCAUUGGCCUUGAGAACGUCCAGAUGGUGGAGCUCGAGGAGUGGCUCUCGGCACAAGGGCGCCCCAAAACCGACGUGCAAAUGUUGCGCAUCGACGAGCUUGCUGAGCUUGGCUGCUGCUGCUUCUGUUCGAUCUUGUACAUUGGCAACGAGAGUUUCAUUGACAAGAACCCUGACAAAGUGCGCUCAUUCCUCCGAGCUAUCAAGAAAGCCACCGACUUCGUCCUCACGCAGCCCGAGCAGGCAUGGGAUGAAUAUGUCGAUUUUAAGCCUACCAUGGGGACGCCAUUGAACCGCAAGAUCUUUGAGCGCAGCUUCGCCUACUUCUCGCACGACCUUAAGAACGUCAAAAGGGACUGGGAGAAGGUCACCAAGUACGGGAAACGACUGGGUGUCUUGGAUGAUGCUUUCGAGCCGAACUAUACCAAUGGCUUCCUCGGAUGGACCCUGGAUGAUGAGUCGCAGGAUCCGGCGGGAGACCAGAAGAAAAUGGUGGAGCUACAGUGUGAUGUCGCUCGUUGUGGCGGCUUCCGCCGCGUCCAUGGGAACGAAACAUACGUCAGGGCUUGA